UGAAAAAAUUAUUUUAUCAAUUUAUGGAAAAAAACCAAUGACUCUAACGGAUGAACGAUUUCUAAGCAUCACUCUUGAUUCAAAUGUUAUAUUUAAUGGUGCUUUAUUUAAAAAUAAUUCAGAAAGAAAUAUAAAUAUGGCUAAAGCAUUGUCACCAGCUUUUGUUAGAAUUGCAGGACCAAAAAGUAAUUCUUACAUAUUUCAAAAAAAUAAUAUUACAAAUGAUGAUUCAAGCUUCGUAUUGACAUCGGGUAACUGGAGUAUGCUAAAUCAAUGGGCAGAGAAUGCAGGUCUGAGCGUGCUUGCUGCUGUAGCACCCCAACAACAUUCCGAAGAUAUUGGUGGUUUUAGAGAUAAAAUUUGGGAUUCGAGAAAUGUACUAGAUCUUAUCUCAUUCAGUGAUGAAAAGGGUUACAAUGUCAGUUGGCAGCUUGGAUAUGAAUGUCAAACAAGAUGUGACAUGAGUGGAAAAGAAUUAGGAAAAAAUUUAAUGCGAUUGAAAAAUAUGUUAGAAGCAUUUCCAAGAUAUUCAAAGGCUACAAUUACUGGACCUGAUAUUGUAACAAUGAAAACUGCUCAUGACCAAAUUUAUUUACAAGAAUACAUGAGUACUGGAUCAGAUGCAUUGUCAGCAAUAACAUGGCAUCCUGAUUUUGCCAGUAUAACAUUGGACUCUAAAAGUGGUGUAUUGAUUCAUCAUGACAGUUUGGCUUACGACAAAGAAACACUUCAUCGUAUUAUCGGUCGGAAUAACGCGAAAAAACCACUUUGGCUUGUUGAAUCAAAACCCGAAGAGUGCAAGGAUCAAUUUUUAGGUGCACUCAUUUGGACAAGACGUUUAGGAAAUUCAGCAAAACUUGGUGUACAAGUUUUAAUGAGACAACCACUUAAUUCAAAUCUCUUUAAACCAACUCCAGAUUUUUGGGUAUCUGUUUUACACAAAACUCUUGUUGGACGUGAGGUUUUAGAUGCAAAAAUAAUAACUGAAAAUCCAAGUCAUAUUAAUGUAUAUUGUCAAUGUACAAAACCUUCAUCAAGAUAUGAGAAAGGUUCAAUAACAAUUUUUGGCAUAAAUUUAGCAUCUACUAGACUUGUUAUUAAUCUUAAAGGAAUUAAGAUUAAAACACUUCAUAAAUAUAUUUUAUUACCAGGUUUUGAUGCUAAUAAUCAAAUGUUUUCCGAGACCGUACUUUUGAACAACGAGACACUAAAACUAGAAAAUGAAAAGGACAUGCCUGAACUCAAGCCAGCUGUGGUCACAAGUGAAAAAGGAAUAUCUAUGAAACUUCCAUCUGGUGGAAUUGGUUUCUGGGUUAUUCCUGACAUAAAAAUAAAAUCUUGUGAAGACCGAGAAAAUGAAUACGCUGAUAAAAUGAUUCUUGAAAAGUUUUCAAAACACUUGAGUAUUGCAGAAUCUGAUGAAAAUACUUCAAGCAAAGAAAGUACUGACGAAAAUAUAGAAGGAAGUCGUAAAUCAAUUUACAAUAUUAUGAAAAAAAUAAAUGCUAAAAGAGACAUGGAACGUCUUGAAAAAUUAUUGAGAAGACGAGAAAUUUACGAUGAUAAAAAAAAUAAAUAUGCUCACAUUGGUUUUUACGAAAAAUUACCAGUCAAUACAAAUGAAACUGAGUCUGAAGAAGACAUGAAAACAAAACUUGAAGAAUACAAAAAACGUGUGAGUGAAUUAGAAUUACGAAUGAAAUAUCCAAUGCAAUACAAUGACAGACAAAAUACUGAUGGUGAUAUUAUUGAUAGUGAUAAAAUUCCUGAUGCAAUAAAUUUAAUUAAAAAAAUUGAGAGUGGUCUAAAAAAUUUAAAUGACAAGUCAUAUAGUUUAUAUGAUUCAAUAGAUAAUGAAAAAUCAACACAAGCUGGUACCAAUAAUGAUGAUAAUUUUUUAAAUGAACUAUUAAAAAGUCGAAAAACCAAAAGAGCCAGUAUAUCUGAAGUAGUUGAACAAAAUUUACGUGCUAUCUAUAAUAUGCUAGCUGAUGAACAACUUAAACGUCAAAAAUUUAAAAAAGAACAAGGUACUAUGCUUGCAAGAAAAAAAAGAGACACUGAUAAAAAACUCAGUCGUCCAUCAACAUCAAAAAAGACAAAUAAAAUUGAAGAAAGAAAAUUAUUAUUAGAACGAAUUCAAAAACAUAAUUCAGACAAAAAAAAACCUGCUAAAUUGACAUUAAAAAAUCACAAGUCAGAAAGCCAAGAAAAUAACUUUUACGGUUUUGAAAGAUUACCACGUCUUGAAAAUUUUCCCACGGGAGAUGUUCAUGUUGAAGUUGGAAAAAUUAAAGUUGAUGAAGUUGAAGAUGAUGAUGAUGAUGAUGUAAUUCCAGUAGGAGGGCGAAUGAAAAAAUCAAGUAAUUUUGAAAGUUUUAUAGAGACCAAGGAAGAAAAUUUAAAUCAAUCUUCAGAUGAUUUUUCUGAUAUUGUCAGCUCAAAAGCACCAAGUUAUAAUACAAAUAAACACAUGAAAAUGAAUGCAAACAAUAAUAAAAAUAAAAAUGUUAGACAAAAACGUAGCAUUCAAGAUAUAAAUACAAUUUUAAAUAAUGAAAUGAUAUUUGAAGAUGAUAAUAAUCAGAGAGAUUGUCAAUGCAGAUCAACACGAAAUGUUGUAACUCAUUUGUGUAAAAAUUGUAAAAUUAAUGCAAAAAAAAAUGAACGUUCAUUGGCCAAAAGUAGAGGCCAAAGAAUGAACAAAAAAUUUGUAAUAAUUUCAAGAGAAAGAAGAGACACAACAGCAAAUGAAGAACAAAAUGAUAAUCAUGAUAAAUUGAUUGAAAAAAUAAAUGAUAAAAAUCCAACUAAUGAUGAUAAAAUAAGCCAAGACAUGUCAAGUAAUUCAAAGCACCUCAAUAAAGCUGAAGAAUUACAAAAAGGUUUGUCGAAGUCAUCAGAAAUUCUUCCAAAAUUACAUGAAGAUGCAGCAAAUGAAGCACCCAAGGUAAAGCAUGCACGUCAUGUCACUGAAAGACCUCGUCAACGUGCUGACAAGAAUCGUGAAAAAACACAAAAAUCAACAGCAGAAACAUCAACAAAUCAAGUAAAAAAAAGAAAGCUCAGACUAUUGACACCACCAGCAGCGUCAACAUCAACAACAACAACGACAAUCUCAACAACUAUGUCAACUGCACUGAAAUCAGCAAAAGCUGCUAAACAAUCAACACCAUCAAGUACAUCAACUACAGUAAAGACAAUUGAGAAUACAUCAACUGAAAAACAUGAAAAAAAUCAUAAAUCAAUGAAUAAAUUAAAACAUAAAAAAAAGAAAAACCAACAAGAUACAAAAGAGCCUGUUAAUGAUGAAGGAAAAAAUGAUACUCAUUCAAGUAUAAGAAUGAAACAUAAAAAUAAAAAAAAUCAAAAAGAUCCUGCUGUAGCUCAAGCUCAAGAUGAAAAAUUAAGAAAGAUUUUAUUUGAAGAUCAUAAACAAAAAAGGCACAAACAUUUUAAACAAUUGAGAAAUAAAUUAAAUCAUGAUGAACCAUCAACAACAUCACCAACUGAUACAAAAAAAAAGACAGAAAAAAAUAAAGCUAAAAUAGUUAAACGUUCUGUCAUGUUGCCAAUACAAGAUGAAGAUAUUCUUCAAGCUGUCAAUGAUUCAAAUGAUAAUGUAAAUAAUUUUCAUUUAGUUCAUACAGCACCAAGAUGUGACAAAUGUUCAUCAAAAAAAAAAGAAUUAAAAAAUAAUGCAAGUAGUGAAAAAAAUAUAAAAAACAUUAAUGAAAAUAAAAGCACUACUGUAAAAAAUUUAGAAAAUAUUAGUGAUGAUAAAAUGAAGCCAAAAUAUAAACGAUUAAUGAUGAAACAUCAAGAAAAAAUUAAAAAUGCAGAAAAAAAAAAUCAUAAAUAUAUUUAUCGUGGAAAAAGAAAUGCUAAUUAUAAAAUACCAAAUGAUUAUGUUGAAAAUGAAAUAUGGAAAAAUGGUAUUGAAAUUAAAAAUAAUGAAAAAAAAAAAUCAAUUAAUGAUUUAUCAAAUUUAAAUGGUUAUAUUCCUGAUGAAAUUUUUAAAAAUCAUACUAAAAUUGUUAACAAAGAAAUUUCAUCAUUUGUUAAAGAGACAAUACCAAUAAUUGGAAAUGUUUUGACAAAUCAACUUGGAAAAAUACAAAAUAUUACUGGUAAAAUUGAAAAGUUAAUUGAAAAUUAUAAAGAAGCUGAUAAUGCUGUUGAUGCAAUUAACGAAAACUAUGAAGAAGUCAUUAAAAAUAAUCCAGAUGGUCUUUUGACAUUUAAUUUUUUCAAUGACACCAUCAAACGUAUAAAAAUUUUUUUUAGUUUUUUCACAGCAGCAGUUGCAGCUUUUGGCCAGUAAUUAUUCCUUAAUGUUUUAUUUAUUUUUUUUUUUUUCUUAAUUUAAUUAUUGAUUUAUACUUUAAACAGUUGAAUAAAAUAAUAAUUAUAUUUUUUUUAUACCUUCAAUAAUUAUGUAUUGUAAUUUUAUAUUUUACUUUUUAUAUCUGUUGUUGUAUUUAUUAAUAUAAAUAAAUAAAUAACGUUUAAUGGAGAAUUUUUAAAUUUAUGCACACUAAUAUAAUAUAAAGAAUAAGAGGUCGAUUUGUUGGAUGACGUGUAUGUAAUAUUGAUUAGCCUUGGGAUAUGGCAAUGCAAAUUAGCACGACGACGACAUCUUGAUCAACGAUCAAUUCACAAGAUAAAAAUCAUA